GUUAUUUGGCUUAGGUUUUCCCUUCCUCAGGCCCGCUACCAGCCUGCUUUCUAGGGACUCAAAAAAGGGGGUUCCUUUUCGCUUGAUUCACACCUUUCACUUGGUUUCCACAGGGAGGAGGUGGGCUUUCAGGGAUGGAGAAUGUAAGGAAGGUGUGAGAGGAGGGCAGUCAGUGGGCCAUGCCAUGGUAGCAACAUGGAGUUUUUCUAAAGACAGAUUUCCAUCAAACCUUGCCCACAUACUGUCCUGCACCUGAUUCAGUGCCUGGGAAUGAACUAAGUAUGCAGGGAGAGAAAACUCGGUGCAAGUGGUGAAAGUGACACCCGAGACAGUCCGAAAUGGGCCCAGUAUUUCUUAGAAAGUAAGACAGAAAGUUCAGAUGGUGGAUAAAAAGUAAGAUAGAAAGUCAAUCGUAAAAGUUGGAGAGGUUUUUUUUUGGGGGGGGUGGAGUGGGGGUGAGGAUGAGAUGGAAGGGUCACCCAGCUCCACCCGCCAUGCUGCCUCAUCCUUCGAACCCAGGCGCCACAGCCAAGGCCUUAGGAGCUGUGACGUGGGCCCACCACACACACUCGGACGGGGCUACGCACGACUGGACCUUUCCAGAUGCUCCUGAGGAAACCGCGGUGGCGAUGCUGCAAUUCUGAUUUCCAGGAAACAGUACACUUCCGCACCCCGCCUCGGCCGGGGAUGCCCCGCCCCGGAAGCACUCAGCCGGGCCCCUCCCCCAGAGCCUCCGCCUGAGCGGUCUCCGCGGCUGGAGGUGGGUUGGCCGCGCCUGAGGGAGCGCUAAGCCGCCACGGACAGCACCAGCUAUUCCUAGGCUUUCUACCUCCCGUGAAAAGCCACGGAGACGAUGGCGUUCCCGGGCCUGGCCUUCUACGGGCUCGGAGUGGCUCCGCCCGCUGGGUCCGAGGCUCCUCACCGCUCGCUCUUAGCGGGGAGACCAGGCUUCGAAACUGGAAGCGCGUCGCCGGAUGUGGCGUCAUACUCCCGGAAGCGCCCGGCCACCCAAAAGGCCCAGCGGCUUCGGCUUCCUCACUGAAGGCGGCGGCUUCUAGUAGCUGUUCCAAGGGCAGGGCUAGGGGUUUCCUCUCACGCCUUGGUUCCUGGUCUCUCUCCGAGCCCAGGUCUCGCCUGUCUUGAGCGAGCGUCCAGGGACAGAAAAGCUCCUGGAGGUUGGCUCUCUGGCAGAUUUCCUUCAUUAAGAGGUGACUGUAGAAGCUCCCCAUUCCCCAUUCCCCAACAAGAAUCAUAAUGGCUACAGAACUGGUUUCUACAUCCCCAAAGCAAAAGAAAUCCUUUAUACUAAGAGUUAUCCCAGACUCUAAGCUGGUCCAAGAACUUGAGGAUGCCACGGAUGAGUCGAAGACCAUUCAGCAGCUAGUGAUGUAUCACUUCCUUACCUUCUUGCCCAAGCCAAGCCUGGUCCAGCCUGGCCAGAAAGUCAAGGAAACCUUUAUUAUGAAAGAUAAGAGUUCAAGCCAUCAGAACAAAGUUCAACUUCAUCCCUUAGUGAAGAUUCUGCCCAGAGAAGAAAUCCAGCAGAAACAGGAGACAGUGUCUCUAUGUUUUAACACCAACUCUGAGGAGCUAGGUGUCUUUGAGGAUUUGAAUGUAUUUCAUUGUCAAGAAGAAUGUGUGAGCAUGGAUCCUGCUCAUCACACAACCCCAGAGAGGAAAGAGAACGAUAUUGGGGAGAUGACUUUAUUAGACAGUGAGAGUGAUCUUGUUGGUGAAGAUCUGCACAAGGAGGACCGGAGAGAAAAGUCUUCAGAUGGUGAUGGAAUGGACUAUUCCUUAUUCCCUGAGCAACUUCCAGGUUGCCAAGAAGAAAAACUACAUGCACUUGUUCCACGGCAAAGGAAAAUGAGAAAUCUUCUAGUAACCAUUGAAAAUGAUACCCCACUGGAGGACCUCUCAAAAUAUGUGGACAUCAGUGUCAUUGCACUUACUCGUAACCCGAGGACAAGGAGGUGGUACACUUGUCCCCUGUGCGGCAAACAGUUUAAUGAAAGCUCUUACCUUAUUUCCCACCAGAGGACUCACACUGGUGAGAAACCCUAUAACUGUAGCCACUGUGGAAAAAGAUUCAAUCAUAAAACAAACCUCAAUAAGCAUGAGCGAAUCCAUACUGGAGAGAAGCCUUAUUCCUGCUCUCAGUGUGGGAAGACCUUCCGUCAGAAUUGUCAUCGGAGUCGACAUGAAGGAAUCCAUGUAAGGCAGAAGAUAUUCAAGUGUCCAGAAUGUGGGAAAACCUUCCCAAACAAUGAAGAAUUUGUGCUUCAUCUGCAGAGUCAUGAGAUUGAGAGACCAUACGGUUGCAAAAAUUGUGGGAGAAGAUUUGGUCGCCUGUCAAAUUGUACCCGGCAUGAGAGAACGCACUCAGCAUGUAAGAACCAAAGCGGAAAUGCGGUCCUGUCUCAGCCUGAGGUUUCGUGAGGAAUUUUGAAUUCCUUAUCUUCCUAAGAGAUACAGACAUGUGAAAACCUCCUGAUAGGGAAAUUUAGAUCAAUAGUCAAAUUCUUAAAGAAAUUCCCAAAGACUAGGCACAUCCUAAAGGGUUAUACCUCAGGUAGCACGCAGACUUUCUGCACUCGAGAGCUUUCUUUGUGAUUUUUGGACUACAGUAGGCAAAUCACUUUCCUGAGGGUGAAUGAAAAUGAAUGUCUAGGCACUUACCUGCAGAGCGACGAUUGAAAUACGUGUAUUUUCUCCUUAUCACACACACGGAAAUUCACAUGUGAGAAAACAGAAAUGUGUAGGUCCUCACCUGGCACUCUGCUCCUUUGAGCAAACAGAAAUACAGGGUGGUUCAGCCAAUAGCUUGUAAGGGCAACCUGGUGAAGCCUGAGUGUGGAUUUGUUUACUUUGCAAUGUAGGAAAACUACAGCAUUUGAAUGUCCCAAGACUUCCUCUCAUUUGUAAUGUUAAACUGAAUUUGAAUAGUAUUUGCAAUUUGUGAUAAAAGUUGACUAUUUUCCAGAAAUCUUUUUC